UAGAAGUGAAUUAUUUCAUUCAACGUUUGCAGCUCUAUCAAGGUGCGCACUAUCUACGCGGCUCUACCAAGUUGAACAAGUGCCCUACGAUCUGGACUGAUUGGCUAAUCCCCUUGUUCGAUUUCUCAACAAUGCAACUCAACGAGCACCUAAAGCGGAUCAUCAAAAUACUGAUAUUUGCAUUCCUGUGCACCGAAAUGCAGACAACCUUCACCCAUCACGAGUUGGCUAAACAGCGUGGCAUAGGCACGUCCAAUGCAGCGGGUGGCAGGCGAAGAGCACCUUACCAGGCCUCCAUACGGCUGCUUGACCAGGAGCUGGACUAUUUUGGGAAGGGUCACAUCUGUUCGGGCGCACUCGUGGGUCCCUCCGUGGUGCUCACAGUGGCCCACUGCCUAUACAAGAACGACAACAAGAGCUUCUAUCAUCCCGCCGAGCUGCGCGUGGUGCUGGGCAGCACGCAGCGCUUUGCGCCCACGGCCCAUGCCCAGGUUUAUGGUGUGACCCAUGUCUAUCAGCCGCCCAAGCACCUGUCGCUGGCCAUACUUAUGCUCGAUCGGGAUGUGCCCGCCCAUCAGGCGCGCAUACAGCCCAUAUCGCUGCCGGUGGACACACAGCAUCUGGAGUCGGAUCCGGCGCCUUGGCACAUCAGCAGCUGGGGCCUGGCCGGCGAUGAUGGUCACGAGCUGCACGAAAUGCUCAGGCUGCGUGUCCAGCCCUCGCCCUGCCAGGAGCUGCAACAGCUGUGCGUGCAGUACGAUAACCAGGCGGAGAAUGCCGCCUACGAGUUGGAUGCAGGUGCUCCGCUGACCAAGUCCAAUCAGCUGCUCGGCCUUCGCAGCAAGUCCGCCGCCUUCGUGGAUGUCGCCAGCCACGUCGACUGGAUACAGGCUCAGACUGGCAAUGGCACCAAUCAGAACAGCUCCAUUUGGGGCAUCCUGGGGCUGCUCGUCUUUACCAUCUAUGUGGUCAAGUGCAGCCGCAAGAGCUUCAUUUUUUGAGCGCCGUCCCAUCGCCGUUUCGACUAGAAUUUCUUUAGGUUUGUGGACAUGAAAGUUGGUUUCAUAGCUUUCGUUAGCCACUUUAUUUGUUUUAAAAAAAACAAAUACUUGAAA